AUGUCACUGCCCGAGGAUGAUGGACCAAUCAGGGCACAUCCCUGGAGACAAGUCUGUGACCGUGCACUACAUUUGGUGACUCUCAGUCCAUUCUGGAAGGUGGGAAGGGAGUCAGCCAGCAGCAUUAAAGCCCUACUGUGUGGCAGGGGAGAAGCUAGGGAAGAUCCCCCAUCUUCUGCCUUCAAUGAUAUUGCCCAAUACUUCUCUAAGAAAGAGUGGGAAAAGAUGAAAUUCUCGGAGAAAAUCAUCUAUGUGUAUAUGAAGAGAAAGUAUGAGGCCAUGACUAAGCUAGGUUUCAAGGUCACCCUCCCACCUUUCAUGCAUAAUAAACGGGCCACAGACUUCCAGGGGAAUGAUUUUGAUAAUGACCAUAAUGGCGGGAAUCAGGUUGAAUGUCCUCAGAUGACUUUCAGCAAGCUCCAGAGAAUCCUCCCAAAGGAAGGACCAGCUGGCCUCUGCUCUGUAACUGGGGCCACUCGCAUCGCUUAG